AUGAGUGUCAUCUCACCUCUGUGGAAGCAGCAGCAGCAGCCGCCACGCCACCCGAGUGCAGUGUGCGCUCGCUUCCUGGCGGACAGCGCCACCGCGGACGCCUCGGUGCACGACCGAGUGAUGCUGGUGCUGAAGGCGUAUGACAAGGUGGACCCGCAGAAGCUAACGCUAGAGUCUCACUUCCUGAAAGACCUGGGCCUUGACAGCUUGGAUCAAGUGGAGCUCAUCAUGGGCAUCGAGGAUGAGUUUGGUUUUGAAAUCCCCGACUCGGACGCAGAGAAGCUGCUCAACAGCUAA